CUUUGGAGGUGUAAAAGGGAUAAAAUAAUACAUCCUAUUAAUACAAUGGGAUCGGACAUCGGUAAUCCCAAUUUGGUAUAUGCAUACUAAACACGUUACUCAACUUUGACUUCUGGCGUGCGUUCGGCGGAAGUUCAGAGCAAGAUCGGUGAAGAUGACCAAACUUCAUGCUUUUAACGACUUGUUGGAGCACAACAACAAAGAUGAUUGCUGGCUUCUCAUCUCUGGAAAGGUUUAUGAUGUAACCUCUUUUUUGGAUGAUCAUCCUGGAGGUGAUGAAGUGUUGCUAACUGCAACAGGCAAGGAUGCGACAGAUGAUUUUGAAGAUGUCGGUCACAGUGAUGAUGCAAGAGAGAUGUUGAAGAAAUACUUCAUUGGUGAAAUUGACAGUUCCACCAUUCCUGCAGAACGCAAACAUACCCCGCCUCCCUCAGCAACACCAUCAGCUGGAGGACAGGGUUCUGGAAACUCAUGGAAGCUAUUGCAAUUCUUGUUACCCUUGUUGAUAUUGGUUGCAGCCCUUGCCUUCCGUUCCUUUUACCAGAAAGAAUAGAUCAGCCAGUUGUCAUGUUUCAAGCUGUGACUGGAUACCCUUGCAGCAUGUCAUUUCAUAUGUUGUGCUUUCCUAUUCAGGUUAUGUCUAUUUGCUACCUUUGUUGGAUGUCCUUUACUGGUAUAAUGAGAUAUUAAGAUGUUAGGUCUGUGUUGGUAAUGUUGUCUUUUAGAAUAAAAGUUAUAUGGUAAAAAACAAAUGGUGUACUAUGCAAUUUGGUUCUUCCAUGAUUGCCAUCAUUUGUCUAUUUUCUAUUACGUAA